AUGGAGCCUUCCAAUCCUGCCACCGCAAGGCAACUCCCUCCUUAAAACCCCCUUUGGCCUCUGCCCACACUCCCCACUCUCUCCACCCACCAAGCCCACAACCAUGGCCGCCCUCCGCCGCCUUCUCCUCCCCCUCAUCGCUCUCCUAGUCCUACACCCUCUCCGCACCGUCACCUCCUCCGACGCCGGCCACCUCCUCGCCGCCAAGCACGAGCUCUCCGACCCCGCCGGCGCCCUCUCCGGCUGGGAUGCCCGGCACCACCUCUGCGCAUGGCCGCACGUGACCUGCGCCAAGAAAUCCACCACCGCCGUCGCCGAGCUGUACAUCUACAACCUCUCCAUCGCCGGCGUUUUCCCGUCAUCGCUCUGCUCGCUGCGGUCCCUGCGGCGCCUCAACCUCGCCGGCAACGACAUCGCCGGACCCCUGCCCGCCUGCCUCGCCGACCUCCCGGCGCUCUCGGACCUCGACCUCUCCGGCAACGACUUCUCCGGCGAGGUCCCGGCGGCCUACGGCGCCGGCUUUCGGUCGCUCGUCGAGUUCAAGAUGGUCCAGAACUCCCUCUCCGGCAACUUCCCGGCGUUCUUGACCAAUCUCACCACCCUCAAGGUGCUCCAGCUCGCCUACAACCCCUUCACGCCAUCGACAUUGCCGGACAAUCUCGGCGACCUCGCCAACCUCCGUCAGCUGUAUCUCGCCAGUUGCAACCUGACCGGUAAAAUCCCUUCUUCCAUCGGAAACCUUGGUAAUCUGGGCAAUCUGGACCUCUCGUUUAACCGCCUCUCCGGCGAGAUACCCGCAAGCGUUGGGAAUUUGAGCUCUCUGUUCCAGAUGGAGGCCUACAGCAACCAGCUCUCCGGGAGGAUACCGGAGGGGCUGGGGAGCCUCAGGAACCUCCGUAACAUCGACAUCUCCAUGAACCAGUUCACGGGCGAGCUACCGGAGGACAUGUUCGCGGGGCCAAGCCUGGAGAGCGUGCACAUCUACCAGAACCAGCUCACCGGGCGCCUUCCGGCGUCGCUCGGGACGGCGCGGCGCCUGACCGAUCUGAGGAUGUUCGGCAACCAGAUCGAAGGGCCUUUCCCGCCGGAGUUCGGGAAGAACUGCCCGCUGGAGUUCCUGGACAUGUCGGCCAACAGGAUGUCCGGUCCGAUCCCGCCGACGCUCUGCGCCUCCGGGAACCUGACGCACCUCCUGCUGCUCGGCAACCGGUUCGAGGGCGCCAUUCCGGCGGAGCUGGGGCAAUGCCGGACGCUGUUGAGGAUCAGGCUCUUCAACAACAGCCUCUCUGGACCCGUGCCGCGGGAGUUCUGGGGAUUGCCGAAUGUCGGCAUGCUCGAGCUCCGUUCCAAUGCUCUGUCGGGCACAGUUGAUCCUGCCAUUGCUGGUGCCAAGAGCCUGUCCAACCUGCAGAUACAGGGCAACCGAUUCACUGGUGCUCUGCCCGCGGAGCUGGGCAGCCUGAGCAACCUGCAAGAGCUUGUGGCUUCAGAUAACAGCUUCUCCGGUCGGGUGCCUCCCUCGCUUGUUCAGCUUUCCCAGCUUUUCCUGCUGGAUUUGAGUAACAAUUCACUCUCUGGGGAGAUCCCAGGGGACUUUGGACGGUUCAAGAGGCUGACAAGACUGAACCUUUCGCAUAACCUCCUCACUGGAAUCAUCCCUCCAGAGAUAGGCGAAACCAGUGGGAUGGACAUGCUGGAUUUGUCCAACAAUGAGCUUUCCGGUGGGGUGCCCGCGCAACUGCAGAACCUUCACCCCAGUGCUUUCAACCUCUCCUACAACAACCUCGGUGGACCUCUGCCUCGUUUCUUCACCGCCUCCAGGUACCGAGAGAGCUUCCUGGGCAACCCCGGCCUGUGCUAUGGGCUAUGCACACGCAAUGCCGAUCCAGACGCCAUCCAGCGCGCCCGGAUCAACCUCGCCGCCACCAUCCUCUCCACGGCGGCCAUCAUCCUGCUCAUCGCUCUCGCGUGGUUCACCUACAAGUACAGAAUCUACAAGAAACGCGCCGCCGAGAUCGACUGCGAGAAGGCGGCCUGGGUGCUCACGUCAUUCCACAGGGUGGACUUCGACGAGAGGGACAUCGUCAACAGCCUCGACGAGAGCAACGUCAUCGGCCAAGGCGCCGCGGGGAAGGUGUACCGCUCCGUCGUCGGGCCGAGGAGCGAGGCCGUCGCCGUCAAGAAGCUCUGGGCGACCACCACCACCACCGGCGGUGCUGUCACCGUGGCCAGCAGCAAGGACGACAAGGACACCUUCGAGGCCGAGGUGGCCACGCUGAGCAGGAUAAGGCACAAGAACAUCGUCAAGCUCUUCUGCUCCGUCACCAGCAGGGCCUGCCGGCUGCUCGUCUACGAGUACAUGCCCAACGGCAGCCUCGGGGACCUGCUCCACGGCGCCAAGGCCGGCGUCCUGGAUUGGCCGGUGAGGCUCAAGAUCGCCCUCCAUGCCGCCGAGGGCCUCUGCUACCUGCACCAUGACUGCGUGCCCUCCAUUGUCCACCGUGACGUCAAGUCCAACAACAUCCUGCUCGAUGCCGAGUUCGGCGCCAAGGUUGCGGAUUUCGGUGUCGCCAAGACUCUUGGAGAUGACCCAGCCAGCAUGUCCGUCAUCGCUGGCUCCUGCGGUUACAUCGCUCCUGAGUAUGCCUACACCCUUCAUGUAACCGAGAAGAGCGAUGUGUUCAGCUUCGGCGUGGUCAUUCUGGAGCUCGUCACCGGCAAGAGCCCUAUGGCACCAGAGAUCGGCGAGAAGGACCUGGUGGCGUGGGUGUGCGACAGCAUUGAUCAAAACGGUGCGGAGUCUGUUCUUGAUCAGAAGCUCGUCGACCAGUUCAAGAACGAGAUGCGCAGGGUUCUGAACAUCGGCCUACUGUGUGUCAACAAGUCCCCGAACAACCGGCCACCGAUGAGGUCUGUGGUGAAGUUGCUGCUGGAGGUGCAGGGACAGAACAAGCCCAAGGCAAAGAAGGAGGAGGCCCCUGCCUUCUGAUCUGGGGCCAAAAACAGAAUCCUCUGAAGAACCAUUGAUAGGAAUAAAUGCUAAUCUGUGCUUUACUUGGAUCAUGUACUUCAUACCAUUAGCAGUUAUAGCAGCUAGCUAGGUCUGAACCUUUAGUACCUGGUAAACUUAGAAACUUGGAGUCUAACCUCUCGCUCUGAAAUGAAUGAAAUGUGCAGUUGCUGUGAA